UCUGGAUGAGUAGAGGGUGGGGCCUGAGGUGCUCGCUUGCGGCGGGGAGGUGGAGGCGGGGCCUCCUGUCGCACUGGCCUCCUGAGCUGGGGAGCGAGCUUGGCGGUGACGCGGGGCCCUCACGUGACCUGGGGCUGCAGAGCGACGCAGCCUUGGGUGCAGUCGUCACUUGUGUCUGGCCACCAGCGCUUUGCUUCCCUGCGCAGGGCGGGCUGGCAUCGGGCCCUGGGCGAGCGGAGCAGGUAAGAGGCCCAAAACAAAAUCUCAUCAUGGCAAAUAUCCACCAGGAAAACGAAGAGAUGGAUCAGCCCCUGCAGAAUGGACAAGAAGAUCGCCCUUUGGGAGGAGGUGAUGGCCACCAGCCUGCAGCAAACAACCACAACCGAAGAGGACAGGCUCGCCGGCUUGCCCCUAACUUUCGAUGGGCCAUACCCAAUAGGCAGAUUCAUGAUGGGUUGGGUGGAGAUGGAGAUGAUAUGGAAAUGUUCAUGGAGGAGAUGAGAGAAAUCAGGAGAAAACUUAGGGAGCUACAGUUGAGAAAUUGUCUGCGCAUUCUUAUGGGGGAGCUCUCUAAUUACCAUGAUCACCACGAUGAAUUCUGCCUUAUGCCUUGACUUCAGCCAUUUUCCAUGAGAUUCAUACUGUGAUUCCCAAUGUAUUCCUAUUCCUUGCAUUUUCCUGACAAUGCCUUUACUAAUCUUUGUGGUGAGCCUUGUGUUAUUUCCAUGUGCCAGGUGGGUUUUUGUGUUGCCAGCUUCUCUAACUGGAGAUUGCCUUCCCACUCAGUGUACAUUUCUGUCAACAAUACAGUGUUGCCCAUUUGCAUGGAAAAUGUAAAGUAAAUAAAGCAACUGAAAAGCAA